AUGGUGCUUUCGUGGAAAGUGGUGUCCCUUCUUGUUGGAGCUAUUUCGGCUCAAUGGCGACAUGGUGGCGGCGGCGCCUAUGCUGCGGUGCUAUCGUCAUAUCCGGGAUAUUGCGCCAAGGACAUGGACCUGAAUUCAAUUCCAUCCCUGGACGAUAGCGUCCAAGCUUCGUUCGGAGGCGGUGUGUCGCUGGAUGAUGUCGAGCUACUACAGGUGCACGCGAUGAUCAGACAUGGAGCUCGCGGACCUUACACCAAACCGCGGUGCUGGGAAGGGUACGCCGAGAACUGGGACUGCAACGUCACUGAGGUGGUGUCUCCCAGUCUGUCUGCUGACGAUGGGGGAGUUGGUGCGACAGGCCUCUUCCGGAAACUGUACGACGCAUACCCUUCGGACAACGCGCUCAGUGGCACCUGCAUGGCGGGGCAGCUGCUGGACGAAGGAUAUGAGCAGGAGCAGGCGAACGGCCGUCACCUUCGAGACGCCUACCUGUGCGGAAACCCGUCCUGCCUGGCGGCCGCGAACGCUACCGCGAAGGAGCUACAGGACAGCGGGGCUCUCUACCUCCGCAGCGACGACGAGCAGAGGACAGUCAUGUCGGGGCAGAUACUGACCGCCAGCAUGCUGAACGUGUCUGGCGCGGUGUUAGACUGGCACACAGGGGACGACCAGUACGACUACCUGGCGCCGAACUUGGAGACUUGCCCUCGUCUGGGGGAACUGUCGGGGGAGGCUCUUAACGACCCUUCCUGGAUAGAAGUUACCAGCUCGUGGGAGAACACGGCAUUGAACGAGUCCAUGACGAGCGUGUGGGAGCAGGAGGUGGUCUGGUGGGAUGUGCUGGACUGUCUUAUGACGACUGCGUGUACGGGAAGGGAACUGCCGGAAGGCUCUCUCUUGCACUGA